ACGAAAAGGAAGUAGAAGAAGACUGCACCGAGAUCCCACUUUCGUCUUCGGCUUUGUAACAGCAGUAGAAAGUUUUUUAUAAUCUGGACAUGAUGUGAAAAGUAGAAUCUCAGGAGACCAUACAGAAGAUUUAUAAGAUAAGCAGCCGAACAGGGAGUGUGUGAGAGAAAGAAAAAGAGAGAGAAGGUGAUGGAGCAAGGGGUGAUGGACAGCCCGGUGAUCCUGAUCAUUAAAGCUCCUGAUCAGAAGUACGACGAUCAAACCAUCAACUGCUUUCUCAACUGGACGGUGGAGAAACUGAAGAGCCAUUUGUCCAACGUUUAUCCCAGCAAACCUAACUCCAAGGAUCAGAGGUUGGUGUACUCUGGAAAACUCCUCCAAGACCACUGCAAGCUCCGGGACGUGCUGAGAAAGCAGGACGAGUUCCACAUGCUGCAUCUGGUGUGUGCUUCACGAAGUCCUCCCCCCUCACCCAGCACACGCAGGAGGAACGGAGGCAGCAGCCUGGCGAUGAACCCUAACAGCCUUGGAAGUCCCGCCCCUUCAGACGACGUCCAAUCGUCUUCCUCAGAAGAGAAUCCCGCGAGUCUGAGCUUCGGCUCGAGCUCCAGCAUUUCUCCAGCACCCGGGUCAGCGUGGACUCAGUGGUUUAACCAGCAUCGGAACAACACCAACACGCCUCACUACCCCAUGUACAACCCUCACACCCUGCUGUGGUGGCAGCAGCUUUAUACCUGGCAGUGUCACAUGACCUAUCAAGCUUGGCUCGCCUCCCUCAGACCCCGCAGACCGAACGAGGAGGACCUGCAUCAUGAUUGGCUGGACUGGGUGUACGCAGCGUCUCGAGCCGUCGUCCUCCUCAGCCUCGUCUAUUUCUAUUCAUCAUUCAGCCGGUUUGUCAUGGUAACAGGUGCCAUGCUGCUGCUCUACCUUCAUCAGGCAGGUUGGAACCCCUUUAAUCUGGAGAAUGAGCUGCAGGACCUUGCUGAGCCGGCCAAUCACAAUCAGGAUGAGCUGAACGCAGACAAUCGCAACAACACGGAUCGGCUGGCAGAUGAAGGUGGGGAUGAAGAGGAGGAGCAGCGAGACGGAGCAGACGAUGACGACGAUGAUGACGAUUAUGAUGAUGAGGACGAUAUUGAUGAUGAGGGAUGGGUGAACAUGGGAUUCCUCUCCUCCACUUGGUCUUUCAUCACCACUUUUUUUGCAUCUCUGAUUCCCGAGGCCGUUCCUAAUGCAGUGAACUGACCUCUGAGCUUCACCCUGGACUCAUCAUCCUCACCCCUGUCCCCUUCAUCAUCAGAUUUGCCUCAUCCUAGAUGCCUAGACCUCACCCCUGACCCUUCAGCCUCACCCUGGACCCCUCAUCUUUGAUUCCUCAACCCCUCAGCCUUACCCUGGACCCCUAAGCUCACCCUGGACCCCUUAUCCUCACUUUCUCAACCCCUCAGCCUCACCCCUAACCCCUCAUCCUCACUUCCUCAACCCCUCAGCCUCACCCCUAACUCCUCAUCCUCACUUUUUCAACCCCUCAGCCUCACCCUGGUCCCCUAAACCUCAUCUUGGACCAUUCAUCCUGACCUCAUCAGCCUCACCCCACACCCCUAAACCUCACCCGACUCUUCAUCCUUACCCCUGACCCCUCAUUCUCACUUUCACAACUGCUCAGCCUUACCUCACAACCCUCAGUCUCACCCCUCACCCCUGACUCCUCAUCCUUACCUCCUCUACACCUCAGCCUUACCACGGACUCCUCAAACUCACCCCACCCCCCCCCCAGACUCACCCUUGAACUUAAACUUUACCCCUGUACCUGAGCUUAAUUCCUGGCCUGGAGCUUCAACCCUGACCUAAAAAAACCAUCUCUCUAUCACUUGAGUAACUGUACAGAAAUGGCCAGUAUUCGAGAGAAGAGCAUGUCCAGACAAACCUCACCAAAUAUCUGAGCGAGGAAGCUGUGAGAAUUCUAAACAAACACACUCGCAUCUUAUCAGUAUUUCCUGAGCGUAAUGCAAAGACCUUUUCUCACCCUUACACGAAGAGGCUCGAACCGUGGACUUGUUCGCUUUUAAACCGGCAUUUUAUAAUCCACUCACGUCUUUUAACACGUCUCUUGUAUUUCAGCCUCGAAAAGGGACGUCAAACAAACCGCAGCGUCGGUGCAAUUUAUAUUUCUUUAAAAAAGAAAAAAAAAAAACAGCGAGUGUGUCUCUUUACAAGAGCUGUCCCACUUUCCCCCGUUUUUAAACAUUAAGUAUACUGCUGGUGAUAUAAAGUGUUUUGACCUUGUU